GGACAUUCCCAGCCCCUCGCUGCCCCGGAGAUGAUCGCACUGCUCUUCUUCCCUGCCCUGCUGUGCGGCCAGGCUGGAGCCUGGGGCUUCAGGGAUGGAGUGCUGCACAACUCCAUCUGGUUAGAGCGGGCAGCCGGCGUGUACCACCGCGAGGCGCGCUCCGGCAAGUACCGGCUGACCUUCGCCGAGGCCAGGGCCGUGUGCGAGUACGAGGGAGGACGCCUGGCCACGCUGCAGCAGCUGGAGGCGGCUCGGAAAAUAGGUUUCCACGUGUGUGCUGCUGGCUGGAUGGCCAAGGGCAGAGUUGGGUAUCCCAUAGUAAAAGCUGGAGCCAACUGUGGCUUUGGCAAGACUGGAAUUGUUGAUUAUGGAAUUCGCCUCAACAGGAGCGAGAGGUGGGACGCCUACUGCUACAACCCCAACGGAAAAGAGUGUGGUGGCGUCUUCACGGACUCCAGACACGUUUUCAAGUCGCCGGGCUACCCCAAGGAGUACGAGAACGAGCAGGUUUGCUACUGGCACAUCCGCGUCAGCUACGGGCAGAGGAUCCACCUGCAGUUCCUGGAGUUCGACGUGGAGGAGGACACGGCCUGCCUGGCUGACUUCCUGGAGGUCUACGACAGCUACGACGACGUCAACGGAUUUGUGGGCAGGUUUUGUGGAGAUGAGUUGCCAGAUGACAUCAUUAGCACAGGGAAUGUGAUGACGCUGAAGUUCCUGACGGACGCCUCGGUGACCGCGGGCGGGUUCCAGAUCCGCUAUUCCGCCCUGGAGCCUCCGCAGCCCAGGAACGCCUCCGGGCAGGGCAGGAGCAGCUUCUUGUCUGGAAAAUUUGGGAUUCUGUGAGCGGAGCGGCGCGGAGGUUUCAGGUUUUUGGUUUGUCUCUUUCUGAGUUUUUCUCUUUGGCUUUUCUGGGUUUCGGUAAGAAACGACGCUAGGGAAUAAAUUAUAUAAAAUAUACUUAGGUGGAUAAUAGAGAAUUAUUUUUAGAAUACAAGUACUGUAAAAUUCAUUGCUACCAAAGACUUAAAAUUAUUAUUUUUUUUAUAUAAACAGCUCCUUCUCCUCAUUUCUUGCGCCACUUGAACCAACUUUUUGUGUGACUGUCACGAUUAUUUUUAAACUUCACGGGCUCUUCUCUACCAAAGACUUAAAAUUAUUU